AUGGUGCGACGCUGCCUCAGGCGACUGGCGGCUGUGCUUGCGAGAGGGGGUCCGGCCCAGCUACAACAGCAAGUUGAAGACCUUUUGGCAGCUCUCGACCCGCUGGGGCUCCGUGGCAUGGGGAACCCCCUUUGGGGGCGCAAACGACAGCGCGACACCACCGAGUUCUCUGAAGUGGCCCGGCUGCUCCGGGGAAUGGCGGACAGGCUCCCUACUGCUCUCAGCAACGUCGACCUCGCUGAGGACAUGGCCGUGCGCAUCGCCAUGCUGAGCCAGGGGAUCCGCCGCCUUGAGGCCGAGAUCCACGACCAAGGGGGACUGCAGGCCCUCGAAGCACGGGAGGGGGCAUACCUCGCUGUGAAAGCCAUGACCAGCGCACGUGACAAAGCACUGUCGGGGGACCGAGACUGGCUUUCAGCCAACUGGCUUUGGACGGUCGCCUCCUUACUUGAAGAGGGGGAUGCCCUGUCCUGGGAGCUACGUCAUGUACCAGGAGAGGCCCAUGGCAGUGAUGUUUUGGCCAUGGCAGCGGGGGCCAACGAAACAUAUGGGGACAUGCCAGAUGUUUGGAAAGCCAAACAAUACCUCAAAGAACUGGGGGGCCUCCUGCCCUUUCUCGCCGACAACGAUGCGGACCAGGCCAGGCGACUGGUAGCCACACUACUGGCAUGGGUCCAAAGUCGAGAGGGGACCACCCUGAUGGUGGACAGCCAGGGCAACGCAGAGACCCAAGAAGCAGAGGAGCCCCCAAGCAUCUUCGAAGCUCCCGUCCCGACGUCGGGGGGACAUGUUGCCAUCGCCGAUCUCGAUGGUGAUGAGUCGGGGGGCACUGCCGGGGAGGUCAGCGAAAGGCCCCGCUUUCCAGCCUACUGGAAUCUACGCGGGUCGAUGGCAGUGCUCGAAGUACCUUCUUCAGCCGAACGUGACCCAGAAAGCUUUCCCAGUGACCCGGGGCCGCCCAGUGAGGAUAGCCGACGGGCAUGCGCUCCAAGAGCAAGUAGAAGCAGAGUUGGCAGCCUUCGGUCGUGCCAACCGUAG